AUGCCAGUCAAAGAAACUAUAAAUAAUAAUUUAACUGAUGAAGAAGAAUUACAUGAUGGAUAUCUAUCACCCAAUUUAAUUAUGUUACGUUCAAGGGGAGAAAAUGUACAAUUUAUUACUAAAUUAAAUUUAUGGGGUUUAAAACUAAAACAUGUUUCAACUUUAAAAUGUAUGCCAAAUUUAAAAAUUAUUAAUAUGAGUUCAAAUUGUUUACAAUCACUUGAACCAUUUUCAAAUUGCUUAAAUCUAUGCGAACUUUAUAUACGCAGUAAUCAAAUUGUAAAUAUUGAUGAAGUGGCACAUUUAAAAUAUUUAAAUAUGCUUGAAAAAUUAUGGUUAAGUGGAAAUCCAUGUUGUCAUUAUUUUAAAAAUUAUGAAAGAAAUGAAAAAGUACUAUGUGAUUCAUUAGUAGUAUAUAGAUGUACGGUGAUUCGGAAUAUACAAAGUUUAAUGCAUUUAGAUCAAGAAGUAAUUACAUUAGAAGAACGAGAGUUAUCAGAAGAACAUGGCAUUUUCUUAACAGCUCCACCGCCUCAAUUAAUCAUUGAUGAACAAUCUCAAUCAGAAAUAUCAGAAACAACAUUAACCAAUAUUAAUCAAACUGAUGUAGAUGAAUCCGUUAACACACAUAGUGUCAUCGAUAUAACAUUAAGUUCAGACGUAGAAAUGAAAAAAGAUAGAUAUCAGUCGGAUUUACCAGUUACGAAAAAAGAAUCUCAAAUAAAUAAUGUAGAUAAUGAUAUUAUAAAAGAUCCAAGAUCAACAAAUGACAUUGUCCAGCUAAUCAAUAACAAUAUAGAUUCUAAGUCACCUUUUGUUAAAAGAAAAGGUCGAAAUAGAUCCUACUUACAGGAUGUUACAUUAAAAGAGACAAAUAAAAUUCGUCAAGAAUAUGGCUUAAAACCGAUAAAUAAGAAUAAAAUUUCUUCACCUGCUAAACGACUGCAAUCGAUUGAUCAGAAGAAUGAAAAAAUUGUACGAAAUUCAAUCAUACGAUUACUAAAAACAUUGAAUUAUGAAAGUUUAGAAAGAAUAAUUCAAGCGGCUGAGAAACGUAUACUACGUUUAGCUGGUUUAACAAAUAGUUCAAAAUUACAAUCAUUACUAGUCAAUGGUGAUGUUGCUGAAGAAAAUGACGGUGAAUGGACACCAAAUGGAACUUAUGAUUGUUCAAAUUAUAUGAAUGGAGAUAAAUAA